AAAACCUAAUCCCCUCUCUCGUCUUCUAUCAGCAGUAGCAAUGGAUGCCACCAAAGAAGCCUCCGUUACCGAUUUGAAGCGACCGAGAGAAGAGGAUGAUAACGCCACCGCCGCCGCCGCCGCUUCAAUCAUGGAGACGGAUAACUCAUCUAACGGAGAGCAGACAAAGGAGCCGGCUUGUUUCUCCUCCGUGAUUCCCGGGUGGUUCUCCGAGAUGAGUCCCAUGUGGCCAGGAGAGGCACACUCUUUGAAGGUUGAGAAGGUUUUGUUUCAAGGCAAAUCAGAUUACCAAGAUGUCAUUGUGUUCCAGUCUGCGACAUAUGGUAAAGUUUUGGUUUUGGAUGGAGUAAUCCAACUUACGGAGAGAGACGAGUGCGCUUAUCAGGAGAUGAUCACUCAUCUUCCUUUGUGCUCUAUCCCUAACCCAAAGAAGGUGUUGGUUAUUGGAGGAGGAGAUGGAGGUGUCCUGCGGGAAGUUGCACGCCAUUCCUCUGUUGAGCAGAUUGACAUGUGUGAGAUUGAUAAAAUGGUGGUUGACGUCUCUAAGCAGUUUUUCCCUAAUGUAGCAAUUGGAUUCGAGGAUCCUCGUGUCAACCUCGUCAUUGGCGAUGGUGUUGCUUACUUGAAGAAUGCUGCUGAGGGUUCAUAUGAUGCCGUCAUUGUUGACUCCUCGGAUCCAAUUGGUCCUGCAAAGGAGCUGUUUGAGAAACCUUUUUUCCAAUCCGUGGCUAGAGCGCUUCGCCCUGGUGGAGUUGUGUGCACUCAGGCUGAAAGCUUGUGGCUUCACAUGGACAUCAUCGAAGACAUUGUUUCCAAUUGUCGUGAGAUCUUCAAAGGCUCUGUGAACUACGCGUGGACCAGUGUUCCAACAUACCCGAGUGGGGUUAUUGGAUUCAUGCUAUGUUCAACUGAGGGACCUGACGUUGACUUCAAACACCCUGUGAACCCCAUUGAUGACAGCAAAUCAAGUGGACCGUUGAAGUUUUAUAACGCUGAGAUUCAUUCAGCUGCCUUCUGUUUGCCUUCUUUCGCCAAGAAGGUCAUUGAGUCAAAAGCCAUUUGAAAAGGGGGAAAAAAGUAGUCUGGAGGGUGGUUGCGUUUAUCAGAAUAAAAACUUUUUUUCUUUACAAUUUUUAGAAUGUUAUGUUUGUUUCAAGCAUGUGUACCUGUGACACUAAUGCAAGAGUAUGUCUUAUCUUAGCAUAAUGGCAUUGCACAUCACAUAUUAGCAAAGCCCUAUCAACAAGUUCCUUCCUUUGCUUUUUCAUUGAAACUGAGAAUUUUAU